AUGUAUGAAUUAUCAAAGAAUCAAAAAACUCAACAAAAAGCAAGAGAAGAAGCUUUAAGAAUUGGUGGACCUGAAUUGAGGGCGCCUAAUUUCGAUGACUAUGCCAGCAUGGAUUAUAUUCAUGCAACCAUGAUGGAAUCUCUUCGAUUGCAUCCUCCUGUGGUUUCCAUUGUUAAGGAAUGUUGUAAGACCACCACCAUUGGCAAGUACAAAAUUCCAAAAGGUUCUACCAUUUACCUUGAUGCCAAAGCUUGUCAAACCUUAUCUGCCGAUUUUAAUAAUGACACCUACAAGGGUACAGACUUUGCACCAGAACGAUUCCUCGAUAAGGACUUUAAACAAAAGGUUAUUUCUAGUGUCAGUUGGUUCCCAUUCUCUGGAGGAAACAGAAAGUGCAUUGGCUAUUCAUUCAGUCAAAUUGAGACGUGCAUGAUCUUGUGUCGACUUUUACAAUUUUAUGAAUUUACAUUGUUGAAUGACGAAAGCAAGAAGGAAGAUAAGAUUGUAGAUGUUCCUGGCGUUACUGCAAGACCUUCAUCGAAUUUGCGAGUGUUGGUUACCAGAAGAAGAUGA